UUUAAAAUUAGUUUUAUCUAAACAUCCUUCCUGAUUUUUAGUUAUAAGCAAGUUUUAAAAAUCGUUCAGUCCAUAAACUAUAAACCACCAAUUACGUGCUGUUAGUGCAAAGCGCUCCAAGGAACUAGCUAGACAUUUUAGAUAAAAUUAAACUUAAUUAAUUCUUUAAGUUCUAAAUUUUCAUUUGUAUAUUUUGCAUUUUAUGCAAUAGCAAUACAUUUAUUUAAUGCGAAAUAUAUUUAUGUCUAUUAAAAAUUAUAAUUUAUACAGUAACCGGUAAAGAAACAACUUUGUGCCGGUUCUGCAUCUUGUUUUAUUUGUGUUCCCUUCGAAAUUUUGUGAAAAACCUUUUUAAUUCUACUAUUUCAAUAUUAUGAUAUAUUACAACAAUAAAUAGAAAGUGAUAUAAAAAUAAUCAUGUCAGAGGCAGUACCAAAGAAGAAGAAAGAUAAAUUAUAUGAAACAUUGUUCCUGGCUGGAGUAGCAGGUAUAUCUGUUAUGGCUGGAUUUUUCAAUGCUUUAGCAUCAGUUAAAAAAAAAGACAGUAAAAAUUUUGAUAUUGGUUUCAUGGGAGGGAAAGGCCUUCCUGAAUCUGGUGCAGCACUUGCUACAAGAGCUUUAUUAUGGGGUUCUGCUUGGGCAGUUGGUGGUUGUGGUAUACUUUUUUAUGGUAUUUGGAAACUUUCUGGAGCUUCAACUGCCGAAGAGUUUCGAUUAAAAGUUGGAAAUAUUUUACCAAAAAUACCAAAAAAUGAUCCUCCUCAGAGUAGAACUGAAUUUGAAAACCUUACAGAUUUACUGAGAUAUGUCUCUGAAGAAUGGGAUAAAGAAAAGUAGUCUUAUUUAUAUAUAAACUCAAAAAGACUCUAGAUUUAAAGUAUUUUUUACAGCUUUACAGAUCUAAGAAAUGUUUUUAAUCUGAAGUCUGUAAAGAUCUAAGAAAUACUAAAAACUAAAAAUCACAAAAGUAAUUAUUUGACAUUAAGUCAUAAAAGGAUAGUUUUAAAUGUGUACAGUAAAAUAAACGAAGAAUCUUAUACUGCUGGUUUGUCAUAUAAUAACUGAUAUUUAUAAUGUAAUAUUUCAUUUUGUAUUUGUGUAUAUAUAGUGUAUAUAUAUAUAUUUGUACAUUAUUAAUAUACAAACCUAAAAGAUU